AUGCCUUCAGACGACCUCUUCUCCAACCAGCCCUCCAUCUCCAGCCUCCUCACCCAGCUCCGCCGCAGCACUCUCACGCCUCACAAUCGCCUCAAUUCCAUCCACGCCGACGCCGCCUUUGUCGCCCAAGUGGCCUCUUCAUUCGCCACCUUUUCUUCUGAUCCAGCUUCCAGCCCACAGAAGCGCAAGAGGAAAAAGAGGCCGCUGGUGGCGAAUGAGCGAUGUGGUAGCUGGUAUAUCCCGCCGGACAGGAAAGACGGCAGCAUGCCCGACGCCCUCUCAACCACCAUCCCCAUCUGGUGCACCGUUCUCAACAUGGCCCUCCUCCCAAACAACCCCCUUUCUUCCAACCUCUUCCUCCCCCCUUACCUCCCCGCAUCCACACACUCUCAAAUCACUGCCCUCAUACCCACGUUCCUCUCUUCUCUCAAAGAACUCAACCUCACCCUCCCGACAUCUCUCACAAAACCUCUUCGUUCCCUCUGGAUCACACAGGACUCCUCUCUCCCUCCUCCCCCGGACUCAGAUGACUCAGAUGAAGACCAAGACCAAGACCAAGGGGUCAUAUUUCAGGAAUACCGUCCCGUCAUCUGCUGUACAGCCAGUAGACGAGUCGUCGGUAGCGAGGUCGACCAAGGGGGGUACAUCCAAGGCGCCGGCGACGACACCGAGAACUGGGCUCUGGGCCUCACCCCAGACGUCUUCUGGGCCAACGCCACAACCUUUCUCUCCGCCGCAGAAGCCGACAUCCCAGACCUCAUCAUCAAACUAGUGGAAGAAGCCAACGCACAGCGCCAGUCCGCCCCCUCCGGCGACGCGAAUCCCACUACCCUCCCUCGAAAGCAACUCACGCCACAUCUCUCCGUCCGUGCCCUAUCGCCACUCGAUCUCUCAUCACCAACACCCUCUCCAUCACAACAACAACAACAACCAAAUGAAUGCCUCAUCCUCCUCACCGAAACACCCACCCCAAAAGAAACAUGGCUCCUCUCCCCAACGCUCCUCCGCGUCGGCCUCGGCAAACACAAAACCGCCAGCCGCAACCUCCGCCUGGCCCUCACCGAAAUAUGCUCCUUCGCAACUCGCUUCCUCCAGAACCACCGGCAAAAUAACGCACCGGAUGUAUCAAACAACGCCGAACAGCCUCAAAUCAUCGUUGCUUGCGACUCGGACAGGGACCUCUCCGUAGGCGUCGCCUUGGCGCUUUCAUGCCAUCUCUUCGACGGCGAGGGCCGGUUCCGCGUGCCUGACGAUCAGGUGGCGUUUACCAAGACGUUGGUCAAGAUGAGGCUCGGAGCCAUCAUGACGGUGUAUCCGGAGGCGAAUCCGAGCAGAAGCACCCUCCAAAGCGUGAACAGCUUUCUGAUGGAUUGGAGGAAUUAG